AAUGUCAUUUCGCUUGUCAGUCAGGGCACGGAUAGGGCACAAUACAGCAGCAGCCACACACGCAGUGUGCAGUUCGACGGUGAAACGCGCGUGCCAUAGGGAGGAAAAGGGCUUGUGCUGUGGGGAUGUUUUCUUUUCCCUCGGAACACCAGUCGGAAAAUAUAGUGUAGUGUGUGGCGAAAAAGCGUGUGUAGGCAGCGCAAGGUUCUGCGGAAAACGAAAGUGUCGUGCGUCCCCGGGGGUACGUUCUUAGAUUAUUUUCUCAUUCCCUGUACGUGCGUGUGUGUGUGUUUAGUUGGUGUGUUCACUAAAAGCUUCUCCUUCGGUGUGCCGUCACACAGGCGGGGGAUGUACCUGGAGAACGCAGUGGCUUCGAGACAAAAAAGGUUCGAUAAUAGAUAGCAAAACGACGGUGUGUGUGUGUGUGUGUGGUGCUGUUUUGUGUUGUGUGAACCCUGGGUUCUUCAAUCGUGAAUUUUGCAGUGAGCGCAAAGAGUACAUCACCCAAAUGCUUUCGUUUGAGGCUGACACAAACCUGCUGCUGCACCACCGUCGUAAUCAAUAAGUUAGUGGGCUACCGUUUGAAGUGGGAAGGGAAAGUGUGUGUUGUUGUGUGAUCUGUCCCAUUGUGUGUUUGUUUUUUCUCUCUAUAUCUCUCUAUCUCUCUCUUUCUCUGUCGGGUCACAGAGAAACAGCGAAUUUCGGACGACAAUCGUAGCUAGCCAUAUUCCAAUCCAUUUACCACCACACAUGCCGGAGAUAUUUAUUAGCUUCUUUCAUCAAUAAUUCCCAUCAGCAUCAGCCUCCACAGAAAACUUGUGUAGUGUGUUUUCGUGCCCGUAUUGUUUGUUGAAUCCCGUUUUUCUAUUGCAUGCUCUGUUCCGCAUGUGUGCUGGCUGUGUGUGAUGCGAUCGAUACCCUAGAUGAGAUGCUUCUGCCCUCUGUUGUUUUUGUUUUGUUUUUGUUGAAUGGUUGGUGUGGUAGUAAAGAGGGAGGAGAAAGAGGAGAAGAAGAAAGUGUAGGGGAAAAAGGAGAGAAAUACGAAAUGAAAAUCGCAAUAUGUACGUGUUGUUCCCGUCGGAAGAGCGGCACUCGACCAUCCGGCAUAUCUUCACGUACAAGUGAGGAAAAGUGGAUGGACCAAAAAAAAAAACAAAGGAGCCCAUGAUUGUAUUUAUAGCCGUCCCCGCAUAUCGCAAAGAGCAAUUGGGGAUUGAGUCAUCCAUGAAGUGAAACGGAAGGAUUUCCAAAAAAACCUCCCUCCCCCCCUCGUGCAUUGGAGAGAAAGCUCGAACGUGUGACGAGGCCUGCAUGCUGAAAAGACAGUUUCCACGUGCAGCUCUCUGUGCUGUUUGCUUCAUUUAAUUUUCUUUUUUUUAUUUCCUUUCAUAAAUUCGCGCUCCUCUCCCGUAUUAUUUGGUGUUAAUGUGCAAUAAUGUCUUUCACCUCCGUUUUUUUUUCGUCGCCCCUUCGCGAAACCUUUUCCUCGAACGAUUUUCGCCAAUUUUCCCAUUCAGCAAGGCGGAAAACGAUUUGUUUCUCCCUUCACCGAGCGCGCGCGUGUGUGUGCGCGUGCUGGCCCCGGAAUGACCUUCAUGACCGCGCGCGCAUUCAUUCAAUCGGCGGAUGAUGGCGCAAUAUAGCACGGCGCGGGAGGUGGCGCACAUUGUCACACAGCCAGUGUCAGGUUGCGUCCGUGUGCGCCCUCAGCACGCCUCCUCGCGCCUCCACAGUGUGUAUGCCAAUCAACCCACCCAACCCGCCCACUCACUCACUCCCCUUUCGGGGCGGUGAGUCAUCUUGUGUGAAGGGCGAAUCAGUUCGCUACAUAUACCAACACAGAAACACAUGGAGCUUGUUGACAACGUAUCUUUUUUUUUUUUGGUGCUGUGACGAGAUGGUGAGGACACACGAUAACAAGUGUAGGGGUAUGUGGGGCAUAAAUGGGCACCCACUGCAAUAUCGACUAAAGUAAGCGUGAAGUACACGUAAAGUACUGCAUAUGUCUAAUUGUAGUAAAGAAUUUGAAAAAAAUAAGUAAAACGCACGUUAAAACGUUUACCACUUUGCCCCAUGCGCCCCUAAAACGGGUUGCGCGUGCAAUCGCGCAAAGCAGUUGCGCGGAAAAGGGCAUACACGCGUAACGGGAAGGUAAUCUUAUCCAAAUCGAACCGAUAGCACAGUGUGUAUUUGUGUGUUUGUAUUUGCUAAGCGUUUCAAUCACAAAGCAGAUUUGUUUACAAAAGUUCCCCGUUUUUUAUUACAAAGUGCAGUAAACCACGAGUUGCAGUGGACCUCCGCUUUGUGGAUUAAACCGUGAGCUAAUUAAUUUUGGGAACGAUACCCACUGUAACACUGCUGUAAUGCGAGCGGUCUAGUCAAUACACACUGUCGUGACACUACAACGUGACUAAUUACAUCGCUAGUGUGUUCUGGUAACGGAAUGAUGGCACAGCAAAGCGCAAACCUACGGAAACCGUUGCUUGACACAUUGUAGAAACAUAGCAACCGAUUGGGUUGGUACAAAUUAAUCCCACGCGGAAUCCAUCCAAGUGAUCCGAUCUAGUGCGGCUUGUGCGAAAUGAGUCACUACGGUGUCGUUAUCGUCUGGCCAUGCCGCUCCAUUGAGUGUGUGUGUUGAGCAUCGGGUUUCCUACUAGAAUGUGCUGGAUAAGGGUGUUUGUCUGAUUGCUUCGCGGUCAUGGUCAGUUGGGGAUUUUCUUAUUGGAAGUUGUUACUGUUUGCACUGUUGUUCUUUUCGUUUUGCUGUUGUUUGGAAGCUAAAUGUACACUGAAUGUUUGUUACUGUGGAACAGAAACAGAGUUAGCUGCUGAAUGGAACACGCCGGACGAAGCGUCUCGAUGGCAACGGCAAUGAGAUACAGCAGCAACGUCACUUACCGCAAUACCGAAAGGCAUCGACUGGACCUGGUGUAAAUGCGUCCAACGGCAAUCCCUUUUCUGGAUCCCCACAACACGCAACAAAACGCAACAGAAGCUUGUCCGAGUCCUCCAACCCCACAAGCGAGAAAGGGAAUGAUCGUAUCGAUCGCUCCGGCACCAGUCGUAAUCUGUGAUACACGCGAGGAAGCGACCACACGUAGAGCUUAGCAAAGGAAAGCCAAAGGAAAGCAAAAUGUCAUCCGGCGGUAACAUAUACGCCAUCAGCAUGGAGCGGUUCCGUGCGAAGGUGGUAAACGUGCCGCUCGGUGGAGCAGGUGGCGGCAGUGGCGGUGGUAGUGGCAGUAGUAGUAGCAGCCUUAUGUCCGAUGCGGCCGCUACCGGGUCACCGAUGGGCGGUCCACCGCCAACGGAACCGCUCGCGAUCGACGAUCGUGUCGAGAUCGAACCCGGCAUGACGCUGCAGAUCGUCGAGCAGCCGUCGAGCAAGAUCGCGCUGAUCAAGGUGAAGGAUUUUAACGGCACGUCGAACGGGAGCAACAACCGUCUGGGUGCACCGAACAGCAGCAGCAGCAGCGGGAUGGUGGCGACCAGUGCCCCGGUUAGCAAUCCGUACGAGAACCGAGUACUGCAGUGCCAGUCGGCCCACCUGCAGCGCAUCCCGUCCGACAUUUGGCCGUACCUGAUCGCGAUACUGGAUCCGCUGGAGCGGUGCGAGUUCGCCAAGCGGCCGAAGCUGUUCGGCUCGGUGAAGCAGCUGCGCGUCGGCGACAUUGUGAUGGUUUCGUGGCUGGCCAAGAACCGGCACGUGACGUACGAUUGCAUUAUACGGUACGUCGGGCCGGUGCCGAAAAUUGGACCCGGCUACUACUUUGGACUGGAGCUACUGAAUUUAGACAAUGGUGAAUCGCCCCAAAAGGACGACAUCGAUUUCGUGUCCGAGUAUAUGAACUGCGAGCCCCGGCUGGCGUUGAUUGUGGCAGCGAACUGGAUCAAGUUUCCCGAGCACGAGUCGUCCGGCGGCAAGCAGCAGCACCACCACAAGCGCAACCUGCUCGACAGUCUGGUGUGCGGUGCGCGGGAUCUCAACAAUCGCUUGUCGCGCCGAACGGGAAGCAGUAAACACUCGGCCGACGACAACAGCUCGAGCAAGGGUGGAGGACGGAGCGGAAAGGGCGGCGGCGCGAGCAACGGCGAAUACCCACCGUACGCCCGUUCGUACACGCCGGACCUGACGAGCAGUGGGCAGGCGGGCGCGGCGAACCGAAAGUCGACCGACAUCGGCACACUGUACGAUAGCUUCAGCUGUCUGCAGAUGGAUCCGGCCGGGGCGAAGGCGAUGCACCAUCACAAGAAGAUUGCCGCGUCCAUCUCGAGCCCGAACCUGUCGAAGCAGGACAGCAGCAGCAGCACGGGCAGCUCGGGCCGGUACGUGACCAGCCAUCCGAUGGAAAGCUACGGCGAUGAGUAUCAUCGCUUUGUGGAUCAGCACAGUGCCGGCCAGCAGCAGCAGCAGCAUCAGCAUCACCACCAUCACCAUCUGGCGGACGGGGGCGAUGCGUACCGCAGCUCGGGUAGGAGUUCGCAGAACAGCUCGAACUCGAGCACGCUGAAACAUUCCAAGGCACGGACGGCGGGCAAGGUGGCUCGCUCCACCGGGUCCAACUCGUCCGUCAACAGUGCGGGUGGUGGAGGUGGAGGAGCAGGAGCAGGAGGAGGGUAUCAUUCGGUCAGCAAGCAGAGCACCAUUCUGAGCCUACCCGACCGGGAUGUGGUGGUGAUCGAUUCGAACGAAAUCGACGAAGCGAUCAAGAGUGCGAGCGAUGUGAUCGUGGUCGAUCCACCGCCAGUCCUCAGCCCCACCGACAACAGGGAGGUGGAGCUGAUGGAUCUGCUGGGCAGUAGCAGCUGGCCGGCGGAGGCGGGCGAGGUCGCGGCCAUACUGUCCGGCAGCGGCAGCAGCAGUGAUAAGAAAACGCAAACGCCACCGUCAUCGAUGGCGCUCGGGGCGUACGGCAAUGGGACGGCGGGCUACGCGGCGAGCGGUGGCAGUACGAGCAGCAACAGUACGGCGAACAGCAGUGGCCACAGCUACCACAGCCACAAUGGUAGCAGCGCGUCCGGGCGGUACGAGCGGAACAAAUCGCUCAAUCCGCUGGCACACAUCGGGAUGGCGAAGCAGCAGGGCGAAACGGUUGCGUCGGGUGUGCGCAAGGGCGGCAGGGCGGGCGAUGCUAAACCGGCCACCGUCGAUGUCGCCACAAUGACGAAGCUGAACGAUGGAGCGGCCAUCACGGCGAACGGCAGCAUCGGCCCAGCGGACGGCACGAGCCACCCGACCGCCAACGGGUUAGUGCCCCGCAUCGGUUCCAUAUCGCCCGAAUCGGACAGCGGUGGACCGGCUGCCUCACCGCUGCAGGAGCUGCCGAACGACCCAUCGCUCGGCGUCGGCUCGAUGGUGGAGGUAACGCUGGACGGUGGUGCAUUCGAGGCGCCGGGUGCGGCAACCGCACCACCCGCUACGAUGACCGAUCCGCUGCUGUACGGUGUGAUACGCUGGAUUGGACCACUGCCAACCGGGGGCGGUAACCAUCGGAAGGUGAUGGUCGGCGUGGAGCUGGAGGAUGAACCGAUCGAUCCGACGCUCGAGACGACCAACGGCACCCACAACGGUGUGAGGCUAUUCAGAUGUCCGGCAAAUCGUGCAAUAUUUGUGCACACGAGCCAGUGCAGCCGGGACCGGCGGUUCCAGGACAUUCCGCCAAUGUCGCCGUGCAGCUCGCGAACGACGCCGGCUGCCGGCGGUGGCAGCAAAACCGAUACCAACAUGUUCGGCAAGGUGGACUGUCCGGUGGUAAAGGGCAGGGUGCCACCGUUGAAAAUUCUAAAGCUAGAGGAAUUGGAAGAAAUCUGCGGCAAGUUCAAGGGUAUACAGGGGCAUCACAAUUCCUGCUACCUGGAUGCAACACUGUUCGCGAUGUUCACCUUCACCAGCGUGUUUGAUUCGUUGCUGUUUCGGCCUAAAGAGCCGGAGGACAAUCCUCAGUAUGAAGAGGUGCAGCGUGUGCUGCUGGAGGAGAUCGUGAACCCGUUGCGAAAGAAUCACUUUGUGCGAGCGGAUCGUGUGCUGAAGCUGCGCCAACUGCUCGACCGGUUAAGCUCCGUCACGGGGCUAAUGAGCGAAGAGAAGGAUCCGGAAGAGUUCCUGAACAGCUUGCUAGCGCAGAUCCUGCGUGCUGAUCCGUUUUUGAAGCUAAGUUCCGGACUAGACACGUUCUACUAUCAGCUGUUUGUGGAAAAGGACGAACGUUUGAACCUGCCCUCGGUACAGCAGCUGUUUGAGCAGAGCUUUCUGGCGUCCAACAUCAAGCUGAAGGAGGUGCCGUCCUGUUUGAUCAUCCAGAUGCCGCGGUUCGGCAAAAACUUCAAGAUGUACCCGCGCAUCCUGCCCUCCCAGGUGCUGGACGUGACGGAUAUCAUUGAGGAUUCUCCCCGUCAGUGUUGGGUGUGCGGCAAGCUGGCCGAGUACGAGUGUCGCGAAUGCUUCGGCAAGAUGCAGUGCGAAGGGCUGGAGGGUACGGCUAUCUGCAAGAGCUGCAUCGACAGCGUGCACCAUCACAGCAAGCGGCUGAACCACAAACCGGUCCCGCUGUCGGUGCCGCAAGACUUCAUCCCGAUGGCACCGCACUGCGAGGUGCCCCGGCUGUACAUGGAGCUGUUUGCGGUCGUGUGCAUCGAAACGUCCCACUACGUAGCGUUCGUGAAGGCCGCCUCCGGUCAGGAUGCUCCCUGGUGUUUCUUCGACUCCAUGGCCGAUCGUAAUGGUGAACAAAACGGUUAUAAUAUUCCAAAAAUGGUUCCCGUGCCGGAUCUGCCCCGCUGGCUGACGGAGGAAGGCUCGCGGGCGCUGAACGAGGAGGCGGUCAACGACAAAAUGUUACCUGAGCAUGCGAAGCGAUUGCUGUGCGAUGCGUACAUGUGCAUGUACCAAAGUACCGACGUCAUGAUGUACCGAUAAACGUGACCAAGGAGCCACCGUGUGUGUGUGUGUGUCCUGCUUCAGGCAUUGAAUUGUGUGCAAUGUAAAGAUUUCUAUUGCAAAAAAUGAAACGCGUUUUGCUUUACCAAAGCUGGAUGAUGUUGCAUUGUGUUUGAAGAAUGGGUCUGGGUCUAGAAGUAAGGAAGGUCCCUUCCAUCCAGCGAAGGCUGCAACGAGACAGUGCAGUGCAAGAGACAUUUGGACCAAAGUGGAAGUUGGUUUAAAGAUUUUACAGUUAAAAGUGCAAGAAAGCGGACACACACAUUGAGAUUUGUGAGCGGCGACAAACGAAUGUCCGUUUCAUUGCUGUUGAAAGGGUUUUUGUUUUUGGAAGGUAGAAUAACACACACACACGUACACAAAGCUAUAUUUCCAUCAAACCAUACCUUAACGUGCUGCUUUUUCUUCAACACAGAAUUUUGGGGUAGAAGAAAACGGGAGCGAAACAAACCAACUUGCUUGCGUGUUAAAGGCCGUUUGCUAGUGCUAAGCCUCUGGUUAAGAGUUCUUUAAUAAAGUUUAGAAAAUUUAACAAAGCGCGAAAGAAAAGCGCAAGUCUCGAAACAGGAGAUAGAAGAGUAGUAUAGAAGAAAGAAAAGCCGAAUUAGACGGGAAGCAGACGAACAAGAAUCUAAGAGAGAAUAUACUUAUACAACUAUACAUAUAUAAACGAAUGAAAUGAAAUAAUAUAUAUGUAUACUUAAAUAUAUAUAUAUUAUAUAUAUUUAUAUACAUUAUACAAGUAGGAAAAACAAAACAAUUGGCAAUCGAACUUGUGUGUGUGUUGGAGGGGCUGGGGGCAAGGUGGCCUCAGACACACCGUCGUACUUUAGAAGUAGCGCAGGAGGUAAGGCAGACGGAUGGAAACGGAUAGGAGCUAAACUACUACGCAGAGCGACAAAAAAUUGGCCGGGAAAUAGAGGAUAGUUCUUUAUGAUGAUCAUGAAAAAUGGCAAAGAGAGCUACAAUUAAUGCGAAAAAUGAGGAAAAAAACACACAUACACAACACACAUUUACCUAAGGCGCUAAUCAAACUUUCCGAUAACGUCUGAUACAUACAGCCUGGAGAGGAGUCUGUGAAACUGUUUGCAAUAAUAGAGAAGUAAAGUAAUAGGGCAAAGAAAAAGGCAUACUAUUUAACAAAAAAAAGGUAGAACCGAACGGUUUUGAGUAACUAUAAACAAGUGUUAAGUUCCGUGGUUAUCUGCUUUCCUAUCGGCUUUUGCAAAGUGAAAACUAUGAAGCGGAUAACGAAUCAAGGCGUAACAGGGGAAAAAGAGAAUAUAGAAGGAAAAGACGAAGGAAUUAUAAAUUAUUUAAUAAAAAAAAAUACACAAGCACUGGUUUUACAGAGUUUUUCAGGAGUUAUCAUACCUGUGGGACACUUUAUUGACUCUUUCUUCGGUGAAAUGAACUUUAUGCAAUGGGAAUUUGACUCUAUAGCACCCUUGUUUAGACAAAUCCAAUAGGAAUUUCCAAUGGGACUGUCCCAAAAGGGUACCAUAGAGUCCAAUUGCCAUCAUAUGAUGUUCACUUCCAAUAAGAAAGAAUCAAGGAAGUAUCCCACAACUAUGAGAACCCCUGGGGAAAACCCUGUAUUCUCACUUUUUUUGUGUAUCAACGCAGUGUUUUGUUAGGGUAACUGAGUGGCGAUGCCAGUAUUUUGAUUGCAGUUAGUUAGUAAAGUUGAACAUAAUUAAGCUUCUACUUAUCCCUCUCUUUUUGAUUAGCUGUCGAAUUUUAGCCUGCCUUUAAGUUCAAUAAACCUCUAGACUUUUCCCGAAACACUGAAUUUAACACAUCCAAACUGAAGGAAACGUUCAAUAAACGAAGCUUUGUAGGCGAAUUUAAAAAAAAGCCAUACCAUGAAGCAAUAAUCCUCACACUCCAUUCCACAACUGCAAGCACAUUGUGCACUGAAAAACAAUGAAUGCUCGGUGCUGUUGUAUAAAUAUUGUUUCGUUCCAUUUAGCGACAAAACAAAAAGAUCAUCGAUGCUUUGCUUACCCUUCUAAUAUGUACCAAAAAGAAAAGCUGUUUAGUACUAACCUGUAGAAAAUUGAAGAAAAAGUAGCUGGUUGGGACACAAUCCCCUCUCUCCCUCUCUUUCUCUCCCAUAGCAAUAGCUAUUGUUCGUUGUGCAAUUGGAAGAAGUGUAUUGCGUCAAAACUGUUGCCGUGUGGGAUAGUCUUAGCAACGAAUGCGCGUCCGCGAAUGCCGCCGUCGACUGUUUUCUUCGAGCAUAAUGUAGACAUACUAUAGUAGGCUUUAAAUGUUUUUCGGUCGCAUUUCGGUGAGUUGGAUUUAGAGCUAGUGAGAAUACCAAAAGGUGAGGACAAAUUACAAAUACUUUUCUUAAUUGAACCGAGAAUUUGGAGGAGGUGGAAGCAACUUUUUUACAGAAAAGGAAGCGAACCCAUCCCGUGUUAGACGUGUCAGAAAGGAAACAAUAAAUAGAACGGAAGCAUCAUCACGCCCUCUGAUACCUGAGCCAACAGACAAGACAAAUACAUUCGUAACGAAGCAAAUUUAAAGCAAAACCCCCACACAAACACACAAGCUAAGUACAUUAAAAUGUUAGAAAAUUCUUUACCUCCUUCCGCUAAAACUUUAAAACGCGUUACUAGAAGAAAAAAACCACAUGAAUUUAGCAUCAACCAACGAAUUGGUUUCUCGAGGUUUUCAAAGCCGACUACGACCGGAAACGGAGAGAAACCGUGUGUGGCGCGCGAUGUGGCGUUGUGAAGAAAGUGUCUUGGAGCAGACGGCGGGUAGGAGGGGGGGGGGGGGGAGUUUUUGCUCGUGUUUCUCACUCUCUUGCUCUCUCAGCUGUCUGUCUGUCUGUCUCUGUUUCGGUGUACAAACACACAUUUCACACUUUUUCUAUGGAAGCCGGCCGGUGAGGAUUUGUUAGAACAAACAAUAACAACAACAAAAACUAAUUCGGGACAAAUCGAAGAGAUAGAGUAGUAAGUUGUAUGCGCUUAUGAUAGAUAUUCACGUGUAGCAUGGAGCGUAAAAUAUCUGAACGAACGAACGAACGAAGUACAACAAAGGUAGGCGAAGGGACGAACAAUGCAAUAGCUGUGCGUGUGUGUAUGUACCCACACACACACACACACACACUACACACCUGUCUUAUGCAUAUUUCACACAAACACACCUACUGGAUGGCAAUAUUCUAGUUGCUAAUUAUAAUAGAGUAAAGUUAAAAAAACGGAACCCUAUUCAUCUACUACUAGAAUCUUCCGCUAUGUUUCUCUUACCUGCCUGUAACCCUUUUCGAUACCUGAUAUGACCUGAGAAGAAGUAAGGAAAAAAGAAACAACAAAAAAGCACCUAUAAACUUAUUUUAUGUUUGUUAAUCCCAUUUGGAGGACAGGACAGGACUAUGCCGUGUGUUAACUUUGCAGGAGCGAAUAAAUGCUUUUAAAGCGCACUUUACCCCUACAAGGCUUAAGCGACGAACACCAUUUGCAGGGAGGGAGAGUGUUUUGUGCCCCCGGUAUCUAUGCGUAGUAGCCUACUGCUGGAGGGAAAAGGAAACAGAAGUGUAAAAACAACCCGUCCUCCCCGGUAAGAAGGGGAGACAUGAUAGCAGAUGGGCGUCUCCGUAUCCUUGCAGUUGCGGGCGGGCGGGUGAUAAACGCAGGCAUUAAACUACUACCUAUUUACGAAGUUUAUUUUGCAACUGGAGAGAUGGGAUAAACACGCUUUCUCCUUAGUACGAAAAAAAUUGUAGUGAAACCAAACUGUUUGAAAAGAAAUUGAGACAGUGAAAACGCAAAACUAUUGGCCAAAACAAAACAAAAAUACGAAAGCAAAUAAAUGCUGUCAUGUAAACACAUUGGUUGGUUGGGGGGAGUUGUUUUUAAGUAAUAAAAAGAUUAAUAAUUCGCGAA